GAUGCAGGUGGGAGCUGCUGGGCAGGGCUGCAGGUGAGAGGCUGCAGGAGCUGCUAUUUAAGGGGAGGAAGUAGCCUGAAGUCUGCAAUUAGCCUGCUUCAUCUCGCGGGAACUUGCUCUCCUGCUAGCUGGGGGACAGAGGGGCCGACUGUAGGCAGCAUGAGCAUGGGAGGCCUCUGGCCGUGGGUGUUGGCUCUGCUCACUUUGCCUGGCUGCAUCUUGGGAGCGCCCUCAUCCUCUCGCUGCCCUGGAACCUGUGGGACCAGAUUCGCAGAAGACCUCACCCCCGAGGGGACCCAGACAUCCUGGGACAAGGACAUCCCUGCAAUUAACCAAGGGCUGAUCCCAGAGGAAACCCCAGAGAGCAGCUUCCUCAUCGAGGGGGACAUCCUCCGGCCGAGUCCCUUCCGGCUGUUCUCGGCUACCAACAACAAGUGGCCCAAGAAUGGUGGCGUCGUGGAGGUCCCCGUUGUGCUCUCCAGCAAGUACGACAAGCCCAGCCGGCAAGUCAUCCUGGAGGCGUUUGCUGAGUUCGAACACUUCACGUGCAUCAGGUUUGUCGACUAUGAGGGCCAGAGGGACUUCAUUUCCAUCGUACCCAUGUCUGGGUGCUUCUCUAGCAUAGGGCGCAAUGGAGGGAUGCAGGUGGUAUCCCUGGGACCCAGCUGUCUCCAGCGGGGCCGGGGCAUUGUCCUGCAUGAGCUCAUGCACGUGCUGGGCUUCUGGCAUGAGCAUUCAAGGGCCGACCGGGACCGCUACAUCCGCGUGAACUGGAACGAGAUCCUCCCAGGCUUUGAAAUCAACUUCAUCAAAUCUCGGAGCAGCAACAUGCUGGUGCCCUAUGACUACUCGUCAGUGAUGCACUAUGGGAGGCUUGCCUUCAGCCGGCGUGGGCUGCCCACCAUCACGCCCCUCUGGGCCCCCAGUGUCCACAUUGGCCAGCGAUGGAACCUGAGCACCUCAGACAUUGCACGGGUCCUCAGGUUGUAUGACUGCAGCCAGAGUGGCCAUGACCCCCCCAAGAAAGGGUUCCAGGCCCACAGCAAUGGUGGAAGCCCCACUCCUGCCUCUAGACCGUACCUGCAGCAGCUUCUCAAGGCAUUACUGACAGAAUCCAGGAGCCCUGACGACAGUGGCUUUGGGACUAAAGGCCAGCGUGGGGUUGCUGGGCGAGAGAGCCCCCGUGCAUGGAAGCCCCAUGCCCUGAGGAAUUUCGAUGUAGAGGCCUCUGUAAAGCCACCUGAGGCCCCAGCUUCCUCCCUAAGGUCAAGGCCUGGAGCAGGUGUUCCUGGUAUUGCCCUGGAGCAGUCCUGGCAGGCCCAGGUGCCCACUGGACCCCCAGCUCCAUCUCUAGAAGGAGAAGACUAGCCAUCAUCCAGCUGGGCUGUUCUGGGGAAUCCUGCUCUCCCAGGAGCCCAUGUACCUGGUGGUUGCUUCAUAUGGACCCCCAGAGAUCAAGCCUGUAGCUCUGUCCCCAGGGGGGGAGGGCAUCCUCUACCCAGAGUAGCCGAGUUGUGUAACCCUUGGCCCCUCUGGGCAGCACCCCUGGCUGCCUGUCUGAGGCCCAGGCCUCUCCCUCUGACCCUUCCUUCCCUGUCAUGUUCCCCCAAGGGCUCCUGGGGACAGAGGGGCUCUCUAGGUCUGUCAGGAUGCCUGACUGCCUGUUCUCAAUUUCUGCCCUAGCCCUGGGUGAGUCCGGGUGCCUUCUCCAGGGACAGAGAUCCACAGGGGUGGGGAGAAGCAUGUUCCAGUCCUGAAGGCUCUGGGGCAGCAUCCCGUAGCUGAGGCCCAGACCCCCAGCCUGGACCAUGGGUACCUCCAGCUUGGCCUUGGUGGGGGUGUGUGUGUCCUGCCUGGGACCCGGGGCAGCCUUCAGUCCUGAUGUCUGAGUGCUGGGAGCGUGGCUCUGCAGCCAGCACCCCUCACCUGGCCCUCCAUGAGGAUUUCAGAGCCCAACUUCCAGCCCUGCUGCCCAGGGAGAGGAAGAAAGAGGGACCCUCCAGGACUGUGCACGGGGACCUCGCCAAGAACACGAGGACCAUGAAGCCAGGAAUCAGGGCUGCAUUUCCAGGAAUCUUGUUGCUACUUGACACCCAUUCUUCUCCCCAGGAUUUGGCCAGUGGAGGCCUUGGGAGGUGGAGAGGGGUUGUGGGGUCACCCUGCUUGUCUUCCUGCAGCCAAGCCCCUCUCCUCUUCAGCUCCUGGCCUCCCUGACUAGGGCUAUACAAGGGCAAAGAAAGUCUCUAGGGCUGCCAGGGCGUGAGCUGGGAGCCCCCAGUGUGCCUGGGGUGGAAGAGGAGCAGGAACCCGUGUCCUGUUCCUGUGGGGCCAGGUGCCUCCUGUGUCUUGGGAGAAGGCAGAAAUAAAAU